AUGUUAUCUAAGAUGAAAACAGUAUGGAGAUUAAAAUUGACGAAACAUUCACUAAAUAAACAAAAGCGAUUGAAUAAUGCAUUGUUUGAUGAAUCGAUUGAUGACAAUCAACAACAACGAAGAGAUGACAAUGAAGAAGAUAUUACAUUGAUUUGGUUGAAUAAAACUGAAAAUAGUCCAUCAACUGUCACAUCACUCCGCAAUGUUAUUGAUUAUCUUCAAAUCUUCGACAAUGAAAACGAUGCUUUGUCCUAUAUCGAAUCGAUUGUAGAUGAAAAAAUUAUCCUUAUAACUGACGAUGUAUCUGAUUAUCUUCUCGCAAGACUGGAAUCAUUCAAACAAAUUCAUUCGAUUUUUCUUUAUACUCCGAAUUUACCGGUGGAUUUACCCUCUAAAGUAACAGCUUGUUGUCUAACCGAAGAACAAUUAAUCGAUAAAAUAGCUCGUAGUUGUAAACAGUUGAGCGAUCAACUAGUGGUGUUCUCGAUUUACAAUCAUCAAAAGAAAGAAAAAAGUGAUUUAACUCGUGAAGCUGGUUCGUUCUUAUUUUUUCAAUUAUUCAAAGCAGCAUUUACAAUACUUCCGAAAACAUCCGAAUCGAAAAGAUUACUCACGAAAAAAUGUCGUCAAUAUUAUGCUGGAAACGCGAAAGUUCUUGAAGAGAUAAGAGAUUUUGAAAUAAAUUAUAAACCACGCGAAGCAUUAGAAUGGUUUAUGAAGAAAUCGUUUAUCUAUCGUUUAGUCAACAAAGCACUCCGAACGGAAAAUAUCAAUUCAUUGUGUUUGUUACAUUUUUAUAUCGCUGAUUUAUCAAAACAAUUGGAAAACGAAUUUUCUAAGUUUAAGAAACAAAACUCCGAUUCUUUUCUAAAAUGUUAUCGAACUUUUCAAUUUUCAUCUUGCGAUAUUCAAUAUUUUCAAUAUAAUAUUGGAAAUUUGAUUUUAACAAACGGUUAUCUUUCAGCAACACGUAAUCGACAACUGGCUGGUGAAGAGAAAGUCUUAUUCGAAUAUACAAUUGAUUUAAACGAAGUGAAGUCGAUUGUAUUCGCUAAUAUAACAGAAAAUGAAAUACUUUUCGAUAUUGGUACUGUUUUCAAGAUGAACUCGUGUACAUACAUUGAGAAAGAUCAAAUCUGGAUUGUAAACGUAAGUGCGACGGAUGAAGGUGUUAAUUUUGCAUCAGAAUAUAUUGAAUAUCAAAGAUUGAAAAUGACCAAUUCGAAUUUGAUAUUAAUGCUUGGUCAUUUAAUGAUCGAAACUGGUGAUUACAACAAAGCGGAAAAGUAUUUUCAAGCAAUCUUACAUUCAUCGAUUCCAAAUGACGAAGAAAUUUCGUGUAUCUAUUUUCAUCUAGGACGAAUCUAUCGAUUGCAAAGUGAUUAUACACAUGCAUUGGAAUAUCUCAAUCACGCAUAUGAAACACAUUCUCGAGCGAAACCAUUACGUUUAGCCAGUGCUGCGAAAGCACUGAAUGCGAUCGGAAUUCUUCAUCAAGAACAAAAUAAUUCUCAAGAAGCAAUUGAAUCAUUUGAAAAUGCUUUAAAAAUCUAUGGGAAAACCAUUCAAGGAUCUCAUCCUGACGUGGCUGGAACAUUGAUCAAUCUUGGUAAUACUUACUGUCAACAGGAACGAUUCUCUGAUGCACUUUCAUGUUUUAAUCGUGCACAAACUAUCUAUGAUUCUAAUUUACCAACGAAUCAUCCAAAUGUUGCAAUGUUAUGGAAUAAUUUGGGAAAUUUCUACUAUCAGCAAUCGCAAUUACAUCCAGCUUUAGAUGCCUAUCAGCGAGCAUUAGCGAUCUAUGAGAAACUUCUUCCUCCGAAUCAUCCCGAUAUUUUACGAAAUCAAAAUAACGUAUCGAAAGUGAAAUCAAUGUUUGGUGAUCAAUAUCAAUCGACUUUGGAAUGGAAAUACGGAGUGAAGAAUACUCUCACAUUACCAGAGGAAGCUAUUCUUACAUUUUUUUUCAACUGUCCUCGGAUUCAAUCCUAUCGUAUUCUCAAUCAAGCUACUAAAUACGCAAAUGGGUGGACUUUGGAAAACAAACAAACACGUGUAAUUUAUACAUACGCGAAAUUCGUUUUUCGUUGA